AUGGGGGAGGGGUUUGUUUAGUUCAAUAGGAAACAUGGCGGCUGCCGGGGCUGGGAAGGUGGCGGGUGCCGCUGUCGGAGCCGUAGUAAAACCAGUCUUCAGUCGGGAUUUGGCUGAAGCCAAACGGCACGUGAGGGAAUUAUAUAGAACUUGGUACCGCGAAAUCCCAAAUACUGUGCAUACAUACCAACUGGAGAUCACAGUGAAACAGGGGCGUGACAAGGUGCGAGAGCUCUUCAUGAAAAAUUCCCAUGUUACAGACCCCAGAGUCAUUGAUUUGCUUGUUAUUAAGGGAAAAAUGGAAUUCCAAGAAACAAUCAAUGUGUGGAAACAAAAGACCCAUAUAAUGAGAUAUUUUCAUGAGACAGAAACACCGCAACCCACGGAUUUCCUAUCCAAGUUCUACAUAGGCCACGAUCCUUGAACUAAAUCAUCAAUAGAGAAUAAUGACUCUGUUUUCUGUUCCAAAUAAAUGCCUGUAUGUUAAAACUCUUCAACAAGAAAGUA